AUGAUGAAUCAUUUAUCUGAUGUCGCUGAUAGCGAGCUAUAUGUUUCAUUUACUGCGGUUUAUGGAUUCAUUAGGUCGGUUACCAAUAAUGAUAGACCAAACGAGAAUGCAUCGACAUGGGGGCUAAUAGCCCAAUUCCUCAAGAACAAUAAAUCACUGUUGCUGAACGUAUCCGAAUUUUUGAAUACUGAAAAUACGGGGGAAUUGUCACAGAAAAUGACAUUACGGGGCAGCGAAUAUGAAGCUUCGAGCGAAGACGUUAAAGAGGCAGUAGUCCUUUCGGAAAAACUGCAUAUUAGCCCACAGGAAUGCCUUCGGGUGAUUGUUCAGUGUAACCUUAGACUUCAUCCGAAGGAAGAAAGGCGUCUUCUAUAUGCGCAGAAUAUUUUGCAGGAGCGGAACGCCGUGUUGGAUACCAUACUUGUUCUGCUGAACAACGAUAAUGUUGCCCAAAUAAGCAAGAUAUACCUUGAUCUAUUUAUGCAGAAGAAAGCAACGAUUAUUGGAGAUUUGAUCAGUUUGUUAUCCACUAUAUGCGCAGAGCUGGCAUCCAUGGAGCCUUCCGCGGAAGAUGUCUCGAUUUCCCAAUUUCGGUAUAGUCAUGAUAUCAGCUACCUUCUCAAUAUACUUAGAUUACUCUCCAUCCUUUGUCUGAACUCUGAACUCCCAGUUCCAAUAAUUGAGGAGUGGGUUGAUUUUCUUGAUAAGACCGAGUGUGGUGUUGAUGGUUUCUGGCAGAAGAAUCUUCCAGAGGAAGUAUCGCUUAGGUUACAAUCACUAGUUGUGAUCGUUUCCAUUCUCAUGUUUGGUUUGGGGACCGCCCAUCAUAAUAUCAAUGUUUCUGCCCCAUUUUUCAACAGCGAACAAAUUUUCAUAAAGGUUAACAAGCUUCUGCUACGUCCUUCUAGUAAUCCAGUUAUCCUUUAUUACUGGUCAUUUGUGCUUUCUGUCAAGGCUUAUCUACUGGAAGAAACAUCAGAGACAAACGUGGAUUUCAUAAAGAACGUGUUUGGAACCACAACCAUAGACGACUUAAUCAAUACCUUUGCUGCUAGGGCAGAAUCUUUACACGUUUUGGAUGGUAUAUGUCGUCUACAUAAGACUCUUUCUGACGAAGGCCUCUAUUCUGCGAUUAUGUGCUCCUUUCUGAUAUUAUCUCUGAAUUUUAUUAGUUUAAACGAUGAGACGACGCACGCAAUCAAGCUAGUUUUGACUGGUAUGCCGAAAGAUCUGAUUGAAUCAUUUUUAACCAGCCCGGAACUUGAAAAAAAACUGUCGAUUUUAAGAGCCAAAUUACCACUAUUGCAUGAAUCAUUGAUCCCCAUGAUCAAUCUCACCUCAAUUCAUCCAGAAUUUGCACAUUUUGAAUGGAAAGAGCUAUCAACCUACGCUCAAAAGCUGAAGCUCAAUGAUAUCGACUAUGAUUUGUCUGUUGAUGAUGAUAACCGCGUCGAAUCAACUGAUUUGAUAGUAUUAAAAAACGAACUACUCGUAAAGCCUCCAAUGGAAUUCGAAGAUAAUGUAAUGCUUCCUAUAGCAAAGGAUACAAAGGGUCAAAUAAUCCCCUCUGCUACAGGUGAUGAAGACGUCGUAGUCUUCUUAUACAAAUAUAGUGGUUGGGCGCUGAUUGGGAGGAUAUUGCAAAACAUUUGCGAGACUUAUCGGGAUAGUUGCGCCCCCACGACCGCCAGACUAAGGCAGUACUUACUUGUAUCGAUUCUCGAUUUAAUAUCGUCCAUUGUUGACGCAGACACUCCGCUUGAACGCUCGACAGAGAUACUGCAACAUAUAUCGGGGUACGUUACUGAAGACGAUAUCAUUUCAUUGAUAUUCAGAACUUUUGAGCAAGCCUUACAUUCUAGAGAUAUGGAAGUAUUGGUGCCAUGUUUAAAGUUGUUCACUUCAAUGGUCACGAACUUUCCUCAUAUUGUAUGGUCACAUCUUUCAAGAUCUGACUUAAUUGACCGGCAUGGAAAGGCAGGGAUGGUAACUACGCUGAUUGGUGCUCUUGAGCUACCAAACGGUGAAUAUUUAUUCACGAUCGCAUUCAUCAAGCUUGCUGACGAGCUUGUAUCUGAAUCGCUACAUGUUGAAACAGCAUUUCCUGAGCGAAUGAAGAGAGAACUUCUGGGGAGGAUAGUCAAACAGCUGUUGCAUGUUUAUGAAAGCUACCAAUAUUGGAAGUACAGCAACAUUAACCAAAGGUUUGAGAUUGGCGCUUUGUUAACCUCUUUGUUUACAAAGAUUAUUUACAGCGUUUACGGAAUUGACCAAGAUUCGAAGCCAGGAGACAAGAUUACCAGAGUGCUGGCAGAUGCAGCAUCAUUUAUAGUUACUGUAUUCAUUGGUACAGAUUCUCCAGAUAUUAGAGCUGUCAACUCAUUGGUAAGCGUGCUAGUUUCUCCAACGACACUGGAAGCGAUUUCUUUGAAUCACGGAGUAAAUGGUGCACAGUAUAAUGAGUUAUUGCAAAAGUCCUUUGCAUUUGGAAAUAUGUUGAUAUCGGUACGCGGUCUACUAAAACUACCCCCUACUACACUGGAAAAAAGCAUAUAUUCCAAAGCCACGGAUCUUGUCGAUGCCUAUAUCUACAAGCCAAGUUUAAAAGUGCAUGUUAUAAAGCUUUUUACUUACUUGGUUCGCGCACCUUGGUUUGCUGAACGUCCUUCUCUGUUAGCGCAUUUAGGCCACGCUCAUGCAAAGUCUUUGCUUGAGCUGCUUACUUUUGAUUUAUCAUCACCGAUACAAGACUACAGGGUCUUGAAAAAUAUUUACAGCUUCUUCUCUUCGAUAAUGGAGGGUAAACAGGAUGGCAUGUCUAUCCUCUUCCUGACCGGUAACAUUGUAACAUUCGAUGACUCCAAACAUGAGAAUAAAGAAGUCGGGAGUAAGUCCAUCUUAACCAUUCUUAAAAGGAACGCACUAAAUUUGGAUCGAAUGCCUGAAGACUUGGGUUCACACUUAUUGGACGCCAUAUCUUAUGCAUUUAAUUCUUGGACUUCUGCAAGAAAUUAUGCCGCUGACAAAGACUUUAUAACUGCAUUGGUCAAACGGUUGGAGGCAUUUGAACCCAAUGUGGACAAUACUUUAAAAUCAAUUGAGCAGGUCGCCUCUAUGGCUAGCAAAUACAGACUGAUAUCUCGUAUUGCAGAGAUAUGUGCUCUUUAUCUCUUUACUUCUACUGGCACGACAUCGCCCAUCUUUGACCUUCUGGGCAGAAAUGAUUUGGCAACUAUUGUGAAUCCGUUGUUUGAACUUGAUGGAUAUAACAAGGAUUUGCACACAAACCUAGCAGUGAAUUUUGAAAAGCAAUGGCCCGGUUUAAGCUUGAGCACAUUCUCCUUAUCAACAUUGGUUCGGGACAGCAAUUCCUUCCAGACAAUAAUAUAUGAUCUGCCCUUAAUGGAUCAGUACUUUAGCGGGGAUGAAGCUUGGUUUGGCUCUGAAUCGCAUACUGGGCUUAGAGAGCAGGUAGUCGAAGCAUCAAUCAAUAUCCAAUUUGUGACUUACCAGAUAUCUGCAGCUAAAUCUUGGGGUGCGCUAUUGACUUCGUUUAUUAAAAAGACGCCAGUGCCUCUGCAAGACACUUUUGUUGAUAUUGUUUUGCAUCUACUGAAAGUUAACAUUGAAAAGAGCGUUGAAUCACCUUUUUUUGUUGAUAUUUACCUAGAAAGGAUUGAGUUGUGCUUUUAUGUCCUUUAUUCCUUUAUGAAGACAUCGAAAAAUGUUACUGAAAAGAAUUUGGUCGAAAUAACAUCACAUCUGAUGAAAAUAUUAACAUCUUCUGAGAUUGAUUUCCUAGGUAAUAUUGCUUCCUCCAGGAAGAGUGCGUAUUAUAGACCAUUGCUGCGGUCAAUCCUCAUAGCACUUUCGUUGGUAAAUACAGGGACACAUUUUAUUGAGUUGGUUUCUGUUGAACUCCUUGAGUUCUUUGAGAGGAUUUUCUGUAAAGGCGUGAACUUGAUUCUUUCCGAAAUCCUAUCGGAAAUAAACACCACUUCAUCCUGUGGAAAUAAUGUAUCCAUAACGAGUGUGACAGAUAAGAUACAGGAUCUCCUCUUGUUACUUUCUUUGUUCACUAAGAUCAAAAACCUCCAACCUCCGAAAAGUUUUAUGUUAAUGAUUGCGACAUCGUUAAAUGAGGUGGAUACUAUCAAGGCUCUAUUGAACCUGUAUUCUAGCUCGCACCUUUUCCGUGUUAAUGAGGAACCAAUUAUUGCCGAUAUUACAUUAAUAUUUUUGUGUGAAUUCUGUUCGGUUGAUGAGGUCGCAGAAAAGUUAAUCAUAAACGGUUUAUUUUCUGUCCUACUUGAGAGUCCUAUUUCCAUCAUGAUUCAACAAGGCGGCAUCAAGCCCGAGGUACAACCUCGACUACACAGUAUUUGGAGUAAUGGGUUACUAUCUAUAAUCCUCCAGCUACUCAGCCAGUUCGGUGCUCAAGUUCUACCCGAGUGUUGCCUCUUUGUCACAUACUUUUCGAAACAGCUCAGCAGCACCAUAUUCAGCUGGUCCGAUAACUCUUUGGCGAUUUCCAAUUCAAUUAUCCAAGAUACAUCACAGAUCAUUAUGCUCCAAAAAAUGUUCAGUGCUUUAGAGUAUCAGAAAUACCUAAGCAACUCUAACGCAAAGACCAAAGUUAUUGACGAUGUUGACGUCAUUGAAAUAAUCCCCGGACUUGACACCGAACUUGAAAGAAAAGAAUUGUACCGUUCUUUUACGCAUCUGCUCACACACCCCAAGUAUCUGAACUCGAGGAUAGUACCCACGACUUUAGAAGAACAACGGUUGUUGCAGGAUGAGGAAACCAGGGCUGCAUUCGUCAAGAACACCACUGAAGAAAUAAGAAAAUUGCAAGAUUCGCUGUUUUCUGAGUUUUAG